GAGGAUGGUUUGCAGUUUAAAUCAGGUUUUCAUAAGAAAGAGCAAAAGUUUCAGAUGCGUUUCAAUAUACUCAUGAAUGACAAGGGGUUUCAGUUAUAAUCUUCCAUUUAUUCAGAGGAUAGCUCCGACCGGGUAUCAAAAUUAGAGAAGGAAUAACUUUGUGUGAGCCUGCUGAUGUAUCUAUUAAGGAGUUGAUAAAGAGACUUGAAGAAGAAUGAAUCUUAGAUCAAGUGAGUUACAAGGAUCAAUAGCCGUCUCAUUUAGAAAUCUUUCCCUUCUUGAGUCAUUAUGGCACUCUGCUGGAACUUUCGAUUGUCAGUCAAGGACUGAAGGUCCAUUCGGAACAAUGAGGUUCGAUGUUGAGCAAGCUCAUGGAGCCAACAGUAGUAUCCAUAUUGCUCUUAGCUUGCUGGUGUUGUGGCUGUUGAAGUUACUGGUGGCCCUGAAAUUCCUUUCUACCCUUGAAGAGAGGACAAGCCCCAGCCACCUCCAGAGGGUCGUCUUCCUGAUGCUACAAAGGGGUUUCAAGAUGAAGGAUUGUUUGGCUGCAAAGAAGCUUUGGAGACCAUUUAGUAGCCAAAAAAGUUCACGCCAUAGAAAGCAAUCAGCGUAUAAAGUGAAUAAGGUUUGGACUGGUGAUCCUUGCUCUCCAAGACUAUUCCCUUGGGAAGGUACUUCUAAUAACCAAAUCAAGUCCAUUUCAAGUGGGUUACAAGGACCAAUAACCUUCUCCUCUAAAUAUCUCUCCCUCCUUGAGUCAUUGGAUAUCAAACAACAAACUGAGAGGGGAUUUUUUGGAUGAUCUAAAAUAUCUGAAGUUCUGUAAGGUUGAGCACAUAAAGAGGCUUUUCGUUUGACAGACAUUUGAUAAUGUAUUUGUCUCUGACAUAUAAUUGUGUCACAGAAAUUUGAAAGGAAAUAACUUGGCUGGGUUUGUCCCAAGAUCUCUUAGGAAAAGAAGAAUGGCUGGUGGACUUGCACUGAGAGGUACAUUUUCUUGUCAAAACCCGGAACCAUAGUCAUCUUGUCAAUUUCCUCUCUGUAAAUAUUUGUUGUCACUUUCUAUGUCUAAGCUGCUUGUUAUUAACAAGGUUCUUUGGUUUCAAGAGCUUUUUUAAAGUAGAAAUGGAACUUUUGACAAGGGGUUUCAAGAUGAAGGAUUGUUUAGCUACAAAGAAGCUUUGAAGACAGUUCAGUAGCCAACAAAGGUAUGGUUAAGUA